GUCUACCGGAAUUCGACCUCCCCGAUUCCUUUUCCGAAUCUCUCCCCCAUCCCCAUCCCUAUCGUCACCCCGUCCAUCGCGACAACGCGGGCAUCCUCCACGGCGGAGAAACAUUCUCGUUCCUAGCAUGCUAGCGGGUCCUCCACCUUACUAGCUGUCAUACAUGUAACAAUGGCACAUCCCGAUCUCACAUCGCAUCACGUCAACUACCUAAUAUGGAGGUACCUUCAAGAAUCAGGCCAUGGCGAAGCCGCAGUAACACUGCAGCGCGCUUGGAAUCGCGAUCCCCAGAGUCUUCCCUUCGCUCCGCACAUCAAAACCCACGCUCUGGUGUCCCUGGUUCAAAAAGGCUUACAGUAUUAUGAGCUCGAGCAUUCCUUCGAUAAGGAUGGAAAUCCCAUCUCGUUUUCUCCCUCCGAUUAUUUCUUUGGGUCGACGCCGCUGGAGCCAGAGCCGCUGAAAAGCCAAAGUGGUCCGGCAGAAGCAGCGGGCACAGACCAGCCGCCUGCCUCGCCGCCCACUAAAAUCGCGCGCGAGGAGGAUGCGAUCAACGGUCACCUGACCGCCGAGCCGGCCGCACCCCAACCCGCCCCAAGUGUCCAGAAACCGCGCAAGAGCGAUCGCGCCGAGGCGAACGGGGAUGAGGUCCCCAUGGAUGUAGAUGCCAAUGGCGGGGUCAAUGACAAGCAAGCCGCCGUGACCGAGUCGCCCUCGCAGCCCGACACCGCGGUGGACGGAGACGGCGAUGUGAGCAUGGGCAUCCGACCGAGCUCGCAGCCCCAGGAACCGCCCGUACCCCCGACCACCUUGGAGAACGGACACAGCGUCGCCGUCCAAAUCACUCCCGCCAAGGCCGCCGACCUCAGCCCCAACACCGCCAUCCUCGAUGUGGCUGGUGAUUCUCACGUGACGCGAACCUUGUGGCGCCCUCACGACCCGACCGUGGUCGUCACCGCCGGGGACACGUUCUGCAGUUUGUGGAAGCUGUCCUCCUUCGCCGCCCCCGUGCAGGAGAAGCUGGUCGAAAGCAAGGAGAAUGGCGCGUGCGUGUCGGCCGUGUCCUGGAACCCCACGGGCCAGAAGCUGGCCGUGGCCACCUACUACAACGACGUGCGCGGGUCCAUCACGAUGUACGAUGUGGAUGGGCACGCGGUCGAUCUCCUCCCCGAGGUGCCUCGCAUGAUCACCGGCAUGCAUUGGAUGGAGGGCGGCUCCCACCUGAUCGUCGUGGCGUCCGACGCCAAAAUCUCCGAGCUGGCUCUCUGGGAUGAUUCACUGCGGCCCGAGGAGUUCCCCCCGCCGCAGGUGAUCGACGGAUCGAUCUUCGAUCUGUGCUGGCUGGGCCGGAACCAGGCGUUUGCCUGCGGGACCGGCGCGGUGUAUCAAUGCGACGUGGAUUCGAGCAUUCGGAUUGCCAAGACCUUCUCCUCGGCCGACAACGACCGUGCGUGGUCGUUUAUCCGGGGUGCGUUCGUGGGGUCGACGCCCGUUGCCGUGGCGGCUUCCUCGGAACACUCGGCGCUCUGGGUCCCCACCCACGAUCUGCACCUGGACCAGGCGCACGAGGGGGAGAUCACCGCCAUCGAGCUGCAGCCCAAUGCCUCGGACCCAUCCCAGGCGAGCCCCCACCUGGUUCUUGCGUCAUCCGCCACGGACGGCACGAUCAAGGUGUGGCGCAUCGAUCUGGAGUCGCGGCGGUUCGACUGCAUCCACCAGCUCUCGCUCGGCUCCUCGUCGGCGGCGCUCGCGUCGACCUUCUCCCCCGACGGGUACGCCCUCGCAGCGGCGGGCGCCGACCGAUUAUUGAUCUGGAACGCGCAGCGUGGGGGCACGGCCAUGGCCACCUGGACGGUACCGGGCAGCGCAGAGACCAAGAAGGAAGAGCAGAGUCCGACCGUGAAUGGACACCACGAGCCGCUACCCGAUCGGACCCUGACGUGGGACACGGACGGGAAGAAGCUUGCUUUUGGGUUUGGUCAUCAAAUCGCCAUUAUAAACCUCCAACAUUGAUACCCCUCACAGAAAUGUGUCCAACGACUUUUCUUUUGCCUUUCUUUGGUUCCGGCGACCUGACCUGUCUGUGCUCGGAAAUUCAUCCUAUAUUU